AUGGGCGAACCGCAGUUUAUCAUCGGCACCUCCAUGAGCGAUAUGCUCGCCAGCAUGGAGCGCGACGGACGGGACCCUGCGACGCUCGACCUUGGCUCAAACUAUCUGCUCUACUUCGUGUACGACUACCUCCCGCACCCGCCGGUCUCCCCCACCGCCGCUCACUCGCUCUCCGGCGUGCCGCGGGCCCCCGGCGGCGUGGACCGCAUCAGCCGCCUCCCCGAUGCGGUCCUCGCUGAAAUCCUCUCCCGCCUCCCCGCCAAGGACGCCGCGCGCACCUCCGCCCUCGCCUCGCGCUGGCGCCCCCUUUGGCGCUCGGCGCCCCUCUCUCUCGUCGACGGCCAUCUGCUUCCGGACGACGGCGCGGCCGGGCAGCUCCCCAUCGGCGUUCCCUCUCCCCGUGCCGUCACCGCCGCGGUGUCCCGCAUCCUCGCGGCGCAUCCGGGGCCCUUCCGCUGCGUCCACCUCACCCGCAGCACCAUGGACGAGCACCGAGGCGAGAUGGCCCGCUGGAUCGACACCCUCGUCGCCAAGGGGGUCAAAGAACUCGUCUUUGUCAACCGCCCUUGGCCGAUUGACCUGCGCCUCCCCGCCACGAUCUUCGGCUGCGCCUCCCUCACACGCCUCUAUCUCGGCCUCUGGAGGCUCCCGGACACCGCCGCCGUGCCGCGCGGCGCCAGAUUCCCCAACCUCAAGGAGCUCGGCCUCUGCAUGACUGUCAUGGAGGACCGUGAUCUGGCCUUCAUGCUUGAAAGAUGCCCCGUCCUGGAGUUCCUCGUCCUCAUGGGAAGCCAGACCGGAGUGCGCCUCCGCCUCGUCAGCCAGAGACUGCGCUGCGUUCAGCUUGGCCAUGCCUUAUUGGAGUACAUCGACGUGGUGGAUGCCCCUAGCCUGGAGAGGCUCUUCUUUUCGGAAAUUGUCCCCCCUGGCAAGCUCAAGUCCUUCAGGAAGAGGAACGACGACAACCACUCCACCAUGAACGGCUCCUCCAGGAUCAAGAUUGGGCGUGCACCUAACCUCCGUGUGCUGGGAUACAUUCAGCCAGGAGAGCAAGAGUUGGGGAUUAGCAACACCAUCGUCGUGGCUGGUAGCAAGGAGAACAUUCUCCCUAGUGUCCAGAUUUUGUCCAUGGAGGUGCAGUUCGGUGUCCGCAAUGCUGUCAAGAAAGUGCCUGGUUUCCUCAGAUGCUUUCCUAACCUGGAGACGCUACAUGUUUAUUCCCCUCCCAUAUCUGAAGAGUCCACUGGCAAGGUCAAUCUCAAGUUCUGGCAGGAGGGCGGUCCCAUCAAUUGUGUGGUGCAGAGCAUGAAGAAGGUGUUCUUCUACGAGUUCCAUGGGUUGAGAAGCGAGGUUGCUUUCCUCAAGUUCAUCGCAGAGACCGGUCGGGUGCUGGAGCAUAUGGUGGUUCUGGUGGCCAAAGAAUGUUUCUCCUCCGGAGAUGAUAAUGUGAGGGCCAAGCUGAAGCCUCUGGCGAGCGUGAAAUGGAACAACCAGGCUUGCAAAGUACAGCUCUUCAAGAGCGGGCGCACUAACCCGGGAGGUCCUGUUUACAGCAACAAGAUAGCUUCCGACUUUGGGUUUGCUGACCCUUUUGACCUCCUCGGGCACUACUAG